AUGGCAACCAAAGCCGCCCAUAAACGACUUGUUCGGGAAUAUGAGGCAAUUCAACGUUCUCCCCCUCCAUUCAUACAAGCACACCCCAGUGAAAGCAACAUACUAGAAUGGCAUUAUAUUCUGACCGGGGCUCCAAACACACCAUAUGGGCUCAUGUCGUUUAUGAACAGCGAGGAGAUGACUGCAGGAAGUAUUGGCGGGUCAUCUACGGAGCGAAAAUGGCACGCAGCGAGAUCAAGAUGGUGGAACUCUACGGGUGGCGGAUCAGCCUCAAAACCUGUUCCCGGUGUCCAGCCGACCACGAAGGGAAUCGGCAACAUUAAAGCAGGAGACGGCGGGGCCAAAUUCCGGGUAGAAUUUCCUGAGGAGGACAAACAAAACUGGAUCUGGAUGAAAGAGCAUCGUAUCGAUUCGGCCACCGGACGGAUGCUCCCUGACGAGGAGGGCCAAGAGGUGAAUUGCUCACCGGAGUCGAGAGCCUUGCGACGGAUCUUGGGGGGGAGCACCGGUGUCGGAGUGGUGGUUCAAGGCGGCCAGGCUGCGAGGGACGCAGGCCAGGGUUGGAUCUGGCGAAACAAGAUGUGGAUCAUGGCGGGCUGCAUUGUUGUAUAUUUCAUGCUAGCAAGGAUCUUUGGCGAAGGAGAGGGUGUCUUAUGA